CGCAUGAUACAUGCGAUUAGCCUUGGUUAGUUGGGUCUGAGUUUCCUCCCCACUUCCGACUAUAAAUAGUCUCCUUUCUUCGAUUCUGCAUCUCCCUUCGUAACCAGAAGACGCAGACGGAGGAACAAGGGAGAGGAGAGAAAGAGAGAAUAUAGACGGUCGGAGAGGGAGAGAGAAACGAAGGGAAACCCCAUUCGCUGAAGCUAAGCCCUCUCGCGUUUGGCUUUGUUCCUCUCUUUUCCACCAUAAUAUUGGCAGCACUUGAGAAUCUUCGUACAUCUCGCUUUCUCCUUCAGAUCUUAAAGGGAAUUUCUAAGGACUUUCUCUCUCGUUUUCUCGGAAAAGUUGUCCGCAAUAUUCUUGAACCAUACAACCAUGGUAUUCUGGGUUUUUGGCUAUGGUUCACUUGUGUGGAACCCAGGAUUUGAGUACGAUGAGAAAGUGAUAGGCUUCAUCAAGGACUAUAGGCGUGUAUUUGAUCUUGCAUGCAUUGAUCAUAGGGGUACACCUGAAUGCCCUGCACGAACUUGCACAUUGGAGCAGAAAGAAGGAGCCAUAUGCUGGGGUGCUGCGUUUUGUGUUCGGGGAAGUCCUGAAAGUGAAAGAAUGGCAAUGGAGUAUUUGGAGCGGAGGGAAUGUGAAUAUGAUGAAAAGACUCUUGUAAACUUCUACAGGGAAGGGGAUUCCUUGCAGCCUGCUUUAACAGGAGUUAUAGUGUUCACAUCCACUCCAGACAAAGAAUCAAACAAGUAUUACCUGGGGCCAGCUCCUUUGGAGGAAAUGGCCAGGCAAAUUGCAACUGCUUUUGGGCCUUGUGGAAAUAAUAGAGACUACCUUUUCCUGUUAGAAAAGGCCAUGUCUGAUAUUGGCCAUGAGGAUGAUAUGGUGAUAGAACUUGCUAAUGAGGUGCGGAAAGUGCUUGGGAUUGUAGGGAAAGGGGUUCUAAAGGAGAGGAAGUUGGUUGGACCAUCCCACAUUCCCCUCAAGUCCCACAUUCCCACCCUUCAACUGCAUCCUCUUCCAGAAGCAAUUGCCAUGGACUCCUAACAACAGAGGAUGUCAAAGGAAGAGGUUGCCAUGGAUUCCUGUCACCGGAGGAUGCUAAAUAUAGGAAUUGGAUACACAAGAAGAGCCCUGCUAACCCAUUUAUCGCCACCUUCCGUGUUGAAGUUCGUUCUACUAGGGAGAAGAUUUUCUGUUGCUUUUAGCAGUCUAUUUUGCGUUUUCUUUUUUCGGUCCACUUUCUACCUUCGUUUAGUUUACAUCCGAGUGCUGCAAGUGCUAACACCGGGUGUGAAAUUCGAAAGAGUCGCUAACAUUUUUUCACACGAGAUACACAAUGUAGAACACUGAUGAUGUUACCUUUCAGUUUCCAACCAAAGAGAAAUACAUCGUUAUUAUCAUGG